AUGGCAUCGGCCAUACAGGAAAACUGUGUUGAGGUACAACUGCAAAAUAUUGAUAACGAGGAUGGAUUCAAUUUGAACUGCAAUGACUUUGUUACUGAUAAGAGCGAUUUUGCAAAAUCUUUUGAGGGAGCCAAUACCCCGAUCAUAUUUCUUGAAAGAUGGUAUGAAUUUCGAAUGUAUGGCAUCAAUGAGUCGGAUGGGAGUGAUGAAACCAGUGGUAACAUGACGUCUGUGUUCACUGUGUCUGAUGAUACAGAUGAUGAUGAAACUGUUAUGACUGGUUCACAUGGUGAAACGGAAGAAAGUAUUGUUUUUAGACACACUACCGACAGUAAUAAUGAAAUUCAUACUCCGGUCACUACAAGUACCCCUAACAAAAGCUUCCAGAAUUCAUUUUAUGAAGAUUUUGAAAAAAAAAUAGAGGAAAAAAAGUUAGGAGUGUUUGCUGUUCCAAUUUCAAGCUUUGUGGAGCCAGAAAAAGAAAGGCUUGUUCGCCCUUUAAAUGAAAAGUCUGUUAAGGCUUUUGAAAAGAUCCUGACAGCCCAACCAGGAUUAGUUUCCGAAUAUCAACAGCUAAUCGGAAAUAUUCCGAAAUCUGUUGUAAGUUUUUCAAACUUCACAGUGAACAGCCUUUCAAAAUAUAAAAUUGAAGCCAUUGAUGGCAACCAUAGCUUCCAUGCACAAUUGUCCACAUUCAAGAAAACUGGCAAUCCAAAAUUAGCAACAAGAGAGGCAAGGUUGUACUAUGACCUGUCAGCAGAAGAAGCAAAAACGAUGGGAAUUCGUCGAAAUAUGGCUACCAACAACUUUUGCCAAAUGGACGAUUUUGUGAUUGUCCAGCAUAUGAGAUGCAUAAUUGACGAAGUUGCUGGACCAACAACUAAAGAUGAUGACAAUCCAGUAAAGACUGAGGAAUUUUAUAUGAGGACCAAAUUGAUGUUGGCUGCAGAUGGGAAAACUGUUAAAAUGAAUUCAUUCAGAACACACACGUUGUUGGCUAGUUUGUCACGAAGAAACUAUAGAAUGUUGAAAAACAUAUUUGAAAAAAUGAACAAUUUAAAAGUUCAUAGGUUUAAAGGCCUUCACGGAAUAAAAACUGAAGACCAAGUAUUCCAAGUACUGUCAGUGCUAAAUUCAAGCCAGUCACCGAAUUUUAAAGAAUUUAAUGAUAAAAUAAGGGAACUCAAGCACACUACUACAACAAGUGACAGUUAUACAAAGAAUAAAAACAAGGCUCCUAAACAAGUAACAUGGUUUCCAUUUAACUCGUGUUUUGUUCAUGCACAGGGUAAUUUAGAAAAACAACUAAAAGAAGAGGUGACCAGAAGAAAACAUCUGGAAACAGAAUUACAAAAUGAAAGAGAGAAAAAUAAAAAAAUGUGCACCUCAAUAGAACAAAUUAAAUUGAACGGAAAGGCUAAACUAAUUGACAGUGGCAAAGACAAGGAAAAAAAUGAAAGUGGUGAAAGUACUACCUGUUUAAAACGAAAGGUCCCUGAUAUGGAUUCACAUGGUAGUUCUCUAUCCACAAAGAAAACAAAGCUUGUGAAUGAAGGAAAAAUAAAUGAAGACAGUUGCAAGAACAUCACAGAAACCAAAGAGCAGCAACAAAGUGGAACAAAAAUGCCGACUACUAAUGACUGGGUUGCCGUGUGGUAUCCGGACAAGGCAUGGUUUGGCAGAGUCAAGUCUGUAGAUGGAAACAGUAUUAAGGCAGAGUUUUUGGAAGAAGUGUUGAACAAGCUUCACUGGCCCAUCAAGUCAAUGGUAGAAACAUUUGACCAAAAGUUUAUUUUAAAAAGUUGUUUGAAUAUUGAAGUAUUGAAAAGAAAUCAAAUAAAAGUGGAAGAGGGACUCAUCGAAAAUGUUAAAACUAUUUACAAACAGUUUAUUGUGUAGGGAGUGAGGACUCACAG